UUGUGUGUGUGAGAGCGACAAAAGGGGGAAAGAGUCAUGGUUAACCAUGAGUGCAUGUUGCCACUCCGUGUCUACAUGUGGGGUUUGUAUGCAGACAACAUAUGUGGCCCAGUGUGUGGAGAUGUACAUGUAAGGGAAAAACAGUUUUCCCUGAGUGGACAUGCUGCAGCCUGCACGUUGACUGGACUCCAUUCAUUUUGUUGCUUUUUCUUCGCUUUGGAUUAAUCUCAACCACUGCUUUUAUUUUACUUUUUUUAAAUGAAAGAGUUCAAAGUGAUUUUUAGUUUUGUUCAGAGAUUAAUCUUCUUCUGAUGUACGCCCCCUCCUCCAUUUCAUUCAGCGCUGAGUGGGCGAGGGCCCUACCUGGAUUACUGAGAGCUUAGAUGUUUGUGGGGGGCGCUAACAGGAGAAGGGAGAGACUGAAAGAGAAGAUAAAGUGACAAAGAGAACUUGAAGAUGUACCUGUACAAAGCAACAUGCUCGGAGAUCCCCAACCCAAAGCAGAAGAGUUCCAGGGGUCAAGGUGGAGUUGGGAUCCCGGUGCAGGGCUUAUGUCAGGGGAGACUGAUCAAGCAAGUGUCCAUGGGGCCCGGGUCACAGUCUUAUGCCCCUGUGAUGCUGUGGACUGCAAACAGGGCAAACAACGUAAGGCAACUCAAACAACUGGAGGAGUUCCUCAACUUCCACUCAUUGUCUUUGCAGGAUACAGUGAGGAGUCAGACUGGCAUGGUCUACAGGAAUCUUGGGAAAUCUGGGCUCAGAGUAUCGUGCUUGGGACUUGGUACAUGGGUCACAUUUGGAGGACAGAUAACUGACGAGGUUGCAGAGCAGCUAAUGACCAUCGCCUAUGAGAGUGGAGUCAACUUGUUUGACACAGCUGAGGUUUAUGCAGGCGGCAGGGCCGAAAUCAUUCUGGGAAGCAUCAUCAAGAAGAAAUGCUGGAGGCGGUCAAGCUUGGUGAUCACAACUAAGCUUUACUGGGGAGGAAAAGCCGAGACAGAAAGAGGAUUGUCCAGGAAACACAUUAUCGAAGGUCUGAAAGGCUCACUACAAAGGAUGCAGUUGGAAUAUGUAGAUGUAGUUUUUGCCAACCGUCCAGACAGCAAUACUCCCAUGGAGGAAAUAGUUCGAGCUAUGACCUAUGUGAUAAACCAAGGUAUGACCAUGUACUGGGGGACGUCUCGGUGGACCGCCAUGGAGAUCAUGGAGGCAUAUUCUGUGGCACGGCAGUUUAAUUUGAUUCCUCCGGUGUGUGAACAGGCAGAAUAUCACCUCUUUCAGAGGGAGAAAGUAGAGGUGCAACUGCCUGAACUUUACCAUAAGAUAGGAGUUGGAGCGAUGACUUGGUCACCGCUAGCGUGUGGCAUCAUAACAGGAAAAUAUGAAAAUGGCAUUCCUGAAUCAUCCAGGGCGUCAAUGAAGUCGUAUCAGUGGCUGAAAGAAAAAAUAGUCAGUGAAGAUGGAAGGAAGCAGCAAGCCAAGCUGAAAGAACUCAACCACAUUGCAGAGAAGCUGGGCUGCACUCUGCCUCAGCUGGCUGUGGCCUGGUGCUUAAGAAACGAAGGAGUGAGUUCAGUUCUUCUGGGAACAUCCAACCCUGAGCAGCUUACGGAGAAUCUCGGGGCCAUUCAGGUCCUUCCUAAGAUGACCUCUCACAUUGUGUCAGACAUCGACCACAUCCUUGGCAACAGACCUUACAGUAAGAAGGACUACCGCUCUUAGACUGCACUGAUGGACCAACUACAGGUCUGCUGAAGACUACCUGACUACAUCUCUACCUUCAACUCUGCUUUGGUUUGGAGUUCAGAUCCACAAGUUCUCUCCUUGGAUGUGCCUAACCAGCUACAGACCACUCCAGUCGGAAAUGGAUAACCAUGCUACAUCCGAGCAUUGCAUUCUUUAACAAUGCUUGGUCGGGGCUUCUGCUUCGAUCUUCUCUAAUACUGAGGUUCAUCUCAAGUGCGGUUCAGCUUAGCCGGGAAAAGCUCAGACUUUCCAGAGCUUCACACGCAGCUUACUAGAUCUAAACCUUCCUCCACUGAUCUUCGAGUCUUUGCUGGUCAGGAAGCUUGUAAAGAGGUUUCAUUAAUACAACUAUGCAGAACUUAGAGUAGCUCAGACCCAAUAGCAUGCUAAAACACACAUUCGGCUUUAGAAAAGAUGAAUUUAAGUCAAAACUUUAGCAUGUCCACAACUACGACUCAUUUUGCAUUAGACUCUACAUUAUAGAACUCUUUCAAUUCAAAGUGCCUUCUUUAAGAGCACCUUGAUUAUUCAUCUGAAGACAUAUAAAGUACUUGAAUCAAAAACCUACUUAAUCCUGGCCUGUUUUCACAGCUAAUUUAAGCACAACAGAAAAAAAGUUUUUUCUUUAUAUUCCACAGCAGGAUACAGAGGCAGCGUAUGUAUUCAAAUUAGACAGACCUCAGAUGAGUGGACAGGUUGAGGCCUCACCUGCAUGCUGAUCAAGUUCUUUAUUUACUGCUUUUAUUAACAUGCCAAACAGCGUGGCAAAAUAAAUGACCAUAUGUGCUUCAAACUCUAACCUCCUUUGUCAGAGGUACCGGAUCCUACUUUCUUCUUGAAAGGUAGUCUUUACCAACAGUGACACACCAACGCUUGAAAACCAAGCUUUAUGCAUAUAAAUAAGACCAACAGUCAUCUGCUCGGGUCAUCUUUGAAGCCCUCUAAAUAUAAUCAAUCCAAUAUUUUACAGAAUAUUAAUGAGUAGACAUAACUGGCUGCAGAUCUCGGAGUAUAGCAACCAAUAGAUGCAUGUUUCUCUGCUACAGUGUGCCUCUUUCCUCUUUUUGAUUAGUUUUUGGAGGGAAAUGCUGCAAGUUCACCUGCUGUGCGACCCUGGCGAAGCAAGAUGACUGUGGUACCAGAAAAAAAAAAAAGACAAAAAAACUGGACAUGCUAGAAAAGGGCAAAAAGUAAAGCAUGUCGCCCCCGUGUGGAAAUGUUAAUAAACUGCAUCCAUGCUUGACAAAUAAGGAGACAUUAAAUAAAAUGUGGAUUCCUCAGUUUGAAGUUAUAGAUGAGAUAGCCUUUCUAUGGGAGCCAAAUCAGCAUUAAAGAACAUUGACUGUAUUGCUGAACGCUUUUGGUUAUUUUUUUUGGUAGGGGUUAAAAAAUACAUUCUUAGUAAUGAGCCCAAUGUAUUAGACAAAAAAAAAACUUGUUAUAAACUGCUUAUGGAAUCUGAAAAUAUAUUUUGACAUUGUAAAAAGAAUGGCUUGUACAAGGUUGUAAAAUGUAUAUAAAAGUGUAAAGCUUAUCCUACAACAUAAGCAAACUACCAAGAAGCCUGUCUUGCAUAUGAGGGCUUUCCUGCACUGUAAGACAACUCUAUAAAUGAGAUGUAAAUAGAGAUAUGUUAUUGCUCUCCUUGCAGUGUUGCUGGAAACGUUGCAUCAAUUUAAUCCUACUCCCUCAGAGUAACUUGAUAAACAUAUAGUCUUUGCUUUUAUCUCUGGAGGGACAUUAAGCUCAAUAGGAAGAGCAGAGGUCACUUCCAUUGUUUCCUUAAUGUAACAUUAACUAUGAACUGGCCUGUAACAUGCAUUACUCUUGCACCCCAAGCUCCUACUAUCAUCAUUCUUUUUCUGACUCCCAAUAGUUCAAUAGUAAGCUAUCUUUGGGAUCAGUGGAGAUGUUGGCUGUGUUUCAGAGGAGUUAAUGUCCUUCCUUGGUGUGCAGCACAGUUGGCCUCUAAAUCUCUGCAGUGGCCGUUUCUGUGCUUGCCAAAAUGGUUUUACACUGAAGUCAAAUAAAAGGCCGUUUUUAUCUCACAGCUUACUUUGAGUCAUCUAAGACUUGGACCUUGGAUAUGUUUCAAAACUAAAGGUGUUUUAGGGACAGAAAAGCUGAGAAAGUACUAAAAAAAUACAUUGCUUUUUGUGCUAAUUGCUUUAUGGUAAAGCUGUUAUUUGUACUCAUGGUACAAGUAAAUAAAAAACAAGAAAAGCGUUUUCAUGAUCUCUCAAAAUGUUGUCAGAGUGCUCCUGUGGUUUAGAAGUCGUUUUAAUGGGAUCUCACUGAAAUUGAUAUAGUGAUGAGAAUUUAACCUCCACCCCUCCCCUACUUGUUGUAGAACAGCUAAAUUUUGCUGUUUUAAAAAAUGUUUUGGUUGUGAAAAACACAGGCUGCCGUGUUGUGGAAACUUUAGAAGAAUCGUACAGACCAUGCUUGUGUGUUACCAGAGAAAACAUUUUCAGGGUUCCAUUUUCACCUCACAUUUUCUUCCAAGGAGGCAGACUCAAUUUAAUUAUUUUUUAUUUAUUUCAAUUUUUGCUGCCUCAAGAGAUUUUUACUACAGUACUUGCAGCAAAUCAUAUGAAGUCAUUACACAAAAUAAACACAAAAUAAAGGAAAAAAACUGAUGGUAACAACCAGUUUUUCCUAAGGUAAGGUAAUGUUUAGAUCUUUUCACAUUAAUUUAUUCUCCUAUGCUUGCAAUGCAGAAUUGAUUCUCUCUUGUUCAGAUACAGGGACUUAAAGUCAGAGGAAAAACAUUUUUAAGAUCUUUUGAAAGUUUGAAGAUCAGUUGAUCACAAAGGGAAAAAUCUGCAUCAUUAGAAAUUAACAAAAAAGACGUUAGGGCCGUUGUUAUGUAAUUGGGGUCGCAGCCCUCAUCAUUGUGUUAGUCUAUGGCAGGGGUCUGCAACCUGUGGCCCCAGAGCCAAUAGUGGCCAUUUGGACCUUCCUAUUUCAUAACUCUACUUAAAAGUUAAAAGGAUCAACCUAUUGUUUAUACCUCCAGAUAUGUCUUAGUGAAUAUAUUAAUUUUUAACAUUAGAAUGACACCUACAGUCCUAUCAAUAGGUUUCCUUUUUUUUGUAAUUAGGCUGGAAACUAUUCAUUUUCAUCCUUUUUUACAAAAAAAUAUCCUAUAAAAUGAAAUGCAGCCACCCUAUAU